AUCUCUAUGGUGACGCCCUCGGGCCAGGCCGGUUAGGUGGAGGAGAGAGCUACGCUGUUGGUGGUGUCGCUGACUUAGUGCGUCACGGCUGCCAGCAUGGAAGGAAGGGGAGACGCCGCUGGUGUCGGAACUGCAACCGCAGCCCCUCCGGAGCCGGCAAUUGGGGAGUUGCUGGGAGACGAAUGUUAUGCAGACUUUCUACGGGAUGACUUUGAUGUAAAAGCAUACACCUCACAAUCUAUUCAUCAAGCUGUUAUAGCUGAACAAUUAGCAAAGCUUGCUCAAGGAAUCAGUCAGCUAGAUAAAGAGCUCCACUUGCAAGUGGUUGCAAGGCAUGAGGAUUUGCUGGCACAAGCAACUGGCAUAGAAUCUUUGGAAGGUGUUCUUCAAAUGAUGCAGACCAGAAUUAGUGCCCUGCAAAGUACUGUUGACAGAAUCAGAGCCAAAAUUGUUGACCCAUACAACAAAAUAGUGUCUCGCACGGCACAGUUAGCAAGGCUUCAGGCUGCCUGUGACUUGCUGCGGAGAAUAAUACGCAUCCUGUAUCUCAGCAAGAGACUUCAAGGGCAGCUGCAGGGAGGAAGCAGAGAGAUAACAAAAGCUGCUCAGAGCCUCAAUGAGCUUGAUUACCUUUCUCAAGGAAUAGAUCUUUCUGGAAUAGAAGUAAUUGAAAACGACCUACUUUUUAUUGCAAGAGCUCGGCUUGAGGUUGAAAACCAGGCGAAACGGUUGCUUGAACAAGGAAUAGAGACCCAGAACCCUACUCAAGUUGGUACUGCUCUUCAAGCAUUCUAUAAUCUUGGAACACUGAAAGGCACGGUCACUAAUGUUGUGGAUGGAUACUGCACUUCCCUGGAGGAAAACAUCAUUAAUGCCUUGGAUAUUAAGGUUUUGACUCAGCCCUCUCAGACGAUGGUUAGAGGUGGUCCUGGGCGAGCAGCAAUGCCAACACCUGGGAAUACUGCAGCCUUCAGAGCAGCUUUAUGGACUAAUAUGGAAAAAUUGAUGGAUCAAAUCUGUGCAGCUUGUGGACAGGUGCAACAUCUGCAGAAAGUCUUGUCCAAAAAAAGAGAUCCUGUUACACAUAUGUGCUUCAUUGAUGAAUUAGCAAAGGAUGGCCAGUCAGAUAUUUUGUACACAUUUUGGACAGCGGUUACUCAGACACUCACCUCCCAGUUUCAGAAAGCAACUGACUCUUCCAUGUUUUUAAAGCAAGCCUUUGAAGGAGAAUAUCCUAAAUUGUUGAGACUUUAUAAUGAUUUGUGGAAACGUAUACAACAAUAUAGUGAUAAUAUUCAAAGAAAUUUUAUUACAAAUGGAAAUGCAGAACACUUCACAGAACUUCAGCAGAUAGAAGAUGAUACACAGGAUAUAUUCAUGCAGAAAAAGCAGGAUUAUGAUCCAGAAAUAGCCCUGAAGGACUCCUUGCAACCUUAUGAGGCUGCCUACUUGUCAAAGUCAUUAUCUCGACUCUUUGACCCCAUCAACCUUGUCUUUCCCCCUGGAGGUCGCAAUCCUCCUUCAAGCGAUGAGUUAGACAGCAUUAUCAAGACCAUUGCAAGUGAACUGAAUGUGGCUUCUGUAGAUCCAAACCUAAGCUUGGCAGUAUCAAAAAAUGUGGCAAAGACUAUACAGCUUUUUGGUGUGAAAUCUGAGCAGCUUCUCUCUACACAAGGAGAGGCUAGCCAGGUGAUUGGCCCGUUAACAGAAGGACAACGAAGAAAUGUGGCUGUAGUUAACUCACUGUUCAGACUACACCAGUCAGUGCAAAAAGUAAUAUCCAGUCAAAGUGCCUUUCCAGCAGCUUCAGAGGAAAUUAUUAACACAGCUUUAAAGACAGUCCAUGAUUUGAUGGGAAAUGCUGUACAACCUUUACUGAACUCCGUUGGAGACUCAAUAGAAGCAAUCAUCAUCACUAUGCAUCAGGAAGAUUUUUCUGGAUCACUACCCACUUCAGGGAAGCCUGAUGUGCCCUGUUCUCUGUACAUGAAGGAGCUGCAAGGCUUCAUCGCAAGAGUCAUGAAUGAUUACUUCAGGCACUUCGAGUGUUAUGACUUUGUCUAUGAGAGCACAGAAGCCAUCGCUCAGAGAGCAAUUGAAAUCUUUAUUCGCAAUGCCAGCCUCCUAAGGCCCCUUGGCGAAGGCGGGAAAAUGCGGCUUGCUGCUGACUUUGCACAGAUGGAGUUAGCAGUGGCUCCCCUCUGUAGGCGGGUGUCUGAUCUGGGCAAGUCCUAUAGACUCUUACGAUCGUUUAGACCAAUGCUGUUCCAGACUAGUGAGCAUAUUGCCAAUAGCCCAGCUGUGGGAGACAUCAUUCCAUACAGUACUGUUAUUCAGUUCUUAUUUACCAGAGCUCCACCGGAAUUGAAAUCCCCAUUCCAGAGAGCAGAGUGGACCAUUGCCCGAUAUUCCCGAUGGCUUGAUGACCAUCCAUCUGAGAAAGACCGGCUCGUUUUAAUACGAGGUGCUUUGGAAGCUUAUGUUCAGUCAGUAAGAAGCAGAGAAGGAAAAGAGUUUGCUCCUGUUUAUCCCAUAAUGGUACAACUGCUGCAGAAAGCAUCAUCUACUCUUCAGUAAAAUGUUUCUUAGAAGACCCUGGACAUCCCACAUCAAUCAGCACACAGACAAAAGCACUGAUCAGAAUCAAUGUAAAUACUCUCUCAAAAAUCCACCAUAUGCAGCUUUACUUGAAUCAAAUACCCUUUGCAUUCUCUAGCGUUCCUUAUUAGAAAACUUUUAAAUGACAUUCUAACAUUACUAUUUGAAUACAGAAACCAAAUAUUGUUUGUAUUGCGAAGGUAUUUCUUCUGCCUAUGGAAAAAAGCAACAGCCUAAACAUGAUUUUCAUGUGAGCAAGACCUAAUAUUUGUGUAUACGGCAGUUAUAAAUAUGCUUUUCAACAACAAAUCUAAUUUGAAAGUGACUUUUAUCAUUUUUCGUAUGAUUUCAGUGUAUACAUAAUAAAGCACUGCAAUAUUUUGAUCUUG